CACUGACGUCACUCGUGAUCAGUUUAACUUUUCUCCUAGCUCGACCGUCCACCCGAACCAUGAGUGGCCCCACCAUCGCCUUCAUCGACUGCUCCGCCGGCAUCGCAGGCGACAUGCUCCUGGGCGCGCUGAUCGAUGCAGUACGUCUCAAAUUCUCUUCUCUCCGCUUGGUAUUUGUCAUUCCAAUGUGUCAGUCGUGUAUCAUUCGUAGGGUGCACCACUAGACGAAAUCAAGCGCGGUCUCGAGUCGUUGCAUGGAAUUAAGGGCGAGUGGGAACUCAGCACUACUAGGGUCUGGAAGGGACCCGGUAGCAUUGCUGGCACCAAGGCGAACGUGGGCUCCAUCUACCAACACAAGGAAGCGGGAGCACCCACGCCCAGCCACGAUGUGCAACACGACCACGGACAUGGCCACAGUCAUAGCCACAGUCAUGCUCAUGGACACAGCCACACUCACAGCCAUGGACAUGAUGAUAACACCCAUACUCAUGAUACAGUGGAGGUGGAGACUUCGGUCGAUAUGAGCCAUGACCACUCACAUGACCACGAUCAUGAGCAUGAACACGAACACGCUCAUGGUAAAGAGGAAGAUGAACCUAUGCGUAAUUUGGACGACAUCAAGGCGCUUAUUGCGGAGAGUGAUCUGUCGGACUGGGCGAAGGAAAAGAGUGUUGCAGUGUUCACGCUAUUAGCACAGGCGGAGGCUCAUACACACGGCACGUCACUGGAGGAGAUUCACUUCCACGAAGUAGGGGCGAUUGACAGCAUUGUCGACACUAUUGGCUCUGUGAUCGCGCUGGAUCUGCUUGGCGUUCGUGAAGUACACGCGUCGUUCUUGCCAUUCUCUUCUGGAACAGUCAAGUGCAUGCAUGGAGUUCUACCUGUACCGCCACCAGCUACAUUCCGAUUGAUGAUAGGCGUUCCAGUGUGCCCUGCACCAAAAGGAGCUAAGGGUGAGCUGGUGACACCGACUGGAAUCAGUCUAGUCAAGGCGUUGGCGUCCACGUUUGGUGAGCCACCCGCGUUCAUUCCGACGCACACUGGCGUUGGAGCUGGGACUAAAGACUUUCCAGAGCAUGCCAAUAUCGUUCGCGUUGCAAUUGGAACGAAAAUCGACCCGAUGGCAACUGAAAAGAGCUACGUCAAUCCUGCCGUCUCCUUGAGGUCUGCCGAGUCUACCACUUGUCCUUUUGCAACGGAGAAAGUCGUCGUUCUGGAGACCAACUUGGAUGAUUUGAAUCCGCAGGUAAUCGGCUACGUCUCGGAGCGACUGCUGUCGGAGCACCACGCACUUGAUGUUUGGAAACAAGCCAUUCAGAUGAAGAAGAACCGCCCUGGUGUUUGCCUCAGCGUUUUGUGUCGCGCUGAGCACGAGCAGGAGAUUUUAGAGACGAUCUUCCGGGAGACUACAACGCUAGGUGUCCGUCGUAAUGUGAUGGAUCGUGUAUUCCUCUCUCGCAAGUUCAUUUGUGUCUCGGCUUUCGGUCGCUCUGUGGACGUUAAAGUAGCAUUUUUAGGCAACGAGGCUGUGAAUGUGCAUCCAGAGUUUGAGCAUUGCAAGGCGAUUGCAAUGGAGCAGAACAUUCCUUUGCUUCAAGUGAUUGACGAGGUGAAAGCUCGCGCUCUCACUCAAUUAAAGACAGAAACACUGAACUGAGCACCACAUCAACUCUGAAAGCCAA